UGAGCACUAUGCACCGCCUCCAAAGGUAGUAUCCUUACUUAUAAAUGAAGGAGAUUGAAAUUGUCUCUCCUCAAAGCAUAACACAUCGGAAAUAUGCAGUUGAUGUUGAUGAAGGCGUUUGGUCUUGCACAAAUAUUAUUGGUAGCACUUUUCCCUGCUGUUCAUGCUUUGCACAGAGAUGAGUUCCCUCCAGAAUUUGUGUUUGGUGCAUCAACCUCAGCUUACCAGGUUGAAGGUGCAGCGAAUGAAGAUGGUAGGAAGCCAAGCAUUUGGGAUACCUUUGCUCAUGCUGCAUCUGGGAAUGAGUAUUUAGGUAAUGGAGAUGUUGCGUGUGAUCAUUAUCACAAAUACAAGGAAGAUGUUCAGCUCAUGGCAGACACGGGCUUAGAAGCCUACCGAUUUUCCAUAUCAUGGUCAAGGCUUAUUCCAGAUGGAAGAGGACGAGUGAAUCCCAAGGGUCUACAGUUUUACAACAACCUCAUCAAUGAACUGAUAAGCCAUGGAAUCCAGCCACAUGUUACGCUGUUCCAUUUUGACUUACCGCAAACAUUGGAGGAUGAAUAUGAAGGAUGGCUUAGUCGAAGAGUAGUGGAAGACUUCACAGCAUAUGCAGAUGUGUGCUUUAGAGAAUUUGGUGACAGAGUUAAGCACUGGACUACAGUGAAUGAGGCCAAUGCAUGUGCAGUUUUUGGCUAUGAUUUAGGAAUCUCACCACCUCAGCGGUGUUCUACCUCUUUAUCUAACUGCUCCAAAGGAAAUUCCUCAACUGAGCCAUAUUUGGCAGCCCAUCAUAUAUUGUUAGCACAUGCUUCAGCUGCUAGGCUGUAUAGGAAGAAAUACCAGGCAAUGCAGCAUGGCAUUAUUGGGUUAAAUCUCAUUUCUUUUGGUUAUCUUCCAAAAACUAACUCUGUUGAAGAUGUAAGGGCUGUUCAAAGGGCCAGAGACUUCAGUAUCGGGUGGUUUAUGGAUCCUAUUACAUUCGGAGAUUACCCUGAUACAAUGAGAAAGAAUGUUGGAUCAAGGCUUCCUUCCUUCACCAAAGAGGAAUCAAAUAUGAUCAGGAACUCAAUAGACUUCUUAGGAGUAAACUUUUACUUCUCAUUUUAUGUUAAGAACAAUCCUGCCAACCUGCAAAAUGAGGAUAGAGAUUUCAUAGCAGAUAUAGCAAUGGAAACUGAAAGAGUUACUCCAGAGGGUACAGCUCCAUAUGAGGUACCAAUUACUCCGGAUAUUUUCCUAGGGGUGCUAGACUCAAUAAAGAAAGCUUAUGGCAAUAUACCAAUAUACAUACAUGAAAAUGGCCAAAGUACACCACACUAUUCAUCGUUAAAGGACGGGUCGAGGGUGAAGUUCUUGCAAGAAUACAUUGGAAGUUUGGUAGAUGGCCUAAGGAGUGGAUUAAAUGUAAAAGGCUACUUUGUAUGGUCCUUCAUGGAUGCAUUCGAGUUAGUGGGUGGAUAUGGGACGAGUUAUGGUCUAUACUACAUAGAUAUGAAUGAUCCAAACUUAAGGAGGCAACCUAAGCUUUCUGCUGAAUGGUACUCAAAUUUUCUGAAGGGGAAGCCUAUGGACUCAAAGAUCACCACAGAAAUUGAGAAGAAUGUGCUGUCACACGAUACCUUACUGCAUAAUGCAGCAUAAAAUAACAAUGCAAGUUCUUUCUGUUUUGGGGAUCAUAAUUUGCAUUUUGUGCUACCAAGUGUAUGAAUAAAAGAACAUGGUUUAUGAUGUCAAAUUAUAUUCAUUUUGAUCAAUGUAAGUUUUUGUCCUACUAUAAAAA